AGUGUUAUGAUAAAGAUGGAGACCCCAAGCGAGUUUGCUGAAAAGCAGCCACCCACACAUGACCACCAGCCACGUCUGAAUGAGGUGGCCCAAAAGUUUCUGGCCGAUUUGGACGAGGAGCGUCAGCGUUUGUCGGCGGAGUUUCCACUAUGCGCACUGCUAAUCGACGAAGCUGUGGACCGUGUCUACUGCACUGGUCGUAUUCCCGGCAAGGAGUUCUACGCGGACGUGUACAAGCAGAAGCCGAUGAAGAUUACCCAAAAGGUCUUUGUGCCCGUUAAGCAGUAUCCCAAGUUCAACUUUACUGGCAAGAUCCUGGGGCCCAAGGGCAACUCGCUGCGUCGUCUUCAAGAGGAGACCCAGUGCAAGAUAGCCAUUAAGGGUCGCAGUUCGAUCCGCGACCGCAACAAAGAGGAGCAGCUGCGCAGCACUGGCGACCCGAGAUAUGCCCAUCUUCAGAAGGAUCUCUUUCUGGAGGUCAGCACGGUGGCCACACCGGCGGAGUGCUAUGCCCGCAUAGCCUACGCCCUGGCCGAGAUCCGUAAGUAUCUUAUUCCAGACAAGAACGACGAGGUUUCGCAUGAGCAGCUGCGCGAGCUGAUGGAAAUGGAUCCCGAGUCGGCCAAGAGCAUUCACGGACCCAAUCUGGAGGCCUAUAGAUCUGUCUUCGACAAGAAGUUUGGUGGCAGCAGCAAUGGGGCUCCCAAGUACCUCAACCUAAUUAAGCGAGCUGCGGAAAAUCCGCCCGAAGUCGAUGAUGUGGAGGAGGUGGCCUAUGAAUAUGAACAUCGUAUGCCUCCCAAGCGUCCAACUACGGGCUAUGAGUACAGCAAACCACGUCCAUCAAUAAUACCGACAAACGCAGCGGCAUAUAAACGUCCAUAUCCGACUGACAUGAAACGUAUGCGCGAACCGCCCAUCAAGUCCUAUAAGCCCAAUCCGUAUUCCAUACUCAAAAAAUAUAAAUAAUAGAGCUCCGGUUGAUCUCGUCGCACACCGCUAUAAAUGAAAACAAAGGACGAUGCUUACGUAAUAAAAUCCAUACUGGGAGCACUUUGAAAAUAAUUUAAACAAGAAGAAAGCAGCAUUCAAAAUGACGCAAUCAAUGAAUAAACAUUAACAUUUAUAAAAAGUGCACUUGCGCUAUCAAUUCCCACAAACAUAAUAUUAAUCUUAAUUUAUAAUUCGUAUAAAUAUGUUAUAACUGUUGGCAUGCCUUUUCUGGACCAUUUCAACA